AAUCUAUUUUUACAUAUAAUGAGUGGAAUUCUUAUAUUGAACAAUCCAAUCAAGAAGGAUUACUCAAAUAUAUAUUCUCAAUUUCUUUCAAAAUUAUAUCCAGAUAUCAAAUUAAUUGAUAUUUUAAUCAUAUCUCAAAUAUCAAAUUCGGAUGAUCUUAACUUCAUACUAUCGGAUAUAUAUUCAACAAUAAGAUCAAAGGCUACAAAGUUAGGUUUGGAUUAUACAUUUGAAAUAAAUGUUAUAUUUAAUAAAUUGGAUGUGAAUGUUGAUCAAUAUACCAUUGUACUGAAAUCUAAUGAUGUUUCUGUUGAGAAGUAUGAAGGUGUAAAAAGUUUGGAUGAACUAAUUGUUGAGAAACAACAUAUCGAUAACCACAAGAAAAGUGAUAAUACUUUCCAAAAUUUCCCUGUGGUUGCAGUAGGUGGUACUUUUGAUCAUAUGCAUGAUGGUCAUAAAAUCUUACUCUCGAUGGCGAGCUUUUUAACUUCAAAGACUUUAAUUGUGGGGAUAACUGGACCAAAAUUGUUGGUAAAUAAAAAAUAUAAGGAAUAUCUCGAAUCAUAUCACGUUAGAGAAGCAACUGUGAAAUCCUUUAUAACUAAGAUUUCGAGUGAAACUAUUGCUCUCGAUUGUUACAUGAUAGAAGAUGUAUGUGGACCUACUGGUUUCAUUAAGGAAAUCGAUGCAUUAAUUGUAAGUGCUGAAUCGGCAAAAGGUGGAGACUUUGUAAACAACUUUAGAAAGGAGAAGGAAUUUCCACCUCUUAAAAUCAUUAAAAUUGAAGUUAUUGGUGGUCAAGGGAAUGAAGAAAAUAAUUGGGAAGGGAAAUUGAGUUCUACUGAUAUUAGAAAGGAAGAAUCUAUGAAAAAACAAUAGUAAUAAUAGUAAUAAUCAAAAAACCCUCA